GCGGGAGGGCGGGCACUCGGCUGAGGCGCGGCGGGGUGGCCAUGGCGGGCGGCGGGCCGCGGCGGUGCCGGCGGCUGGAGGCCGACGCGGCUCGGGCCGUGCUGGGCGCCGCCGACACGCUGCUCUUCGACUGCGACGGCGUGCUGUGGCGGGGCGAGGCGGCCGUGGGUGGCGCGGCGGCGGCGCUGGGCCGGCUGGCGGCGGCGGGGAAGCGGCUCUGCUACGUGACCAACAACAGCAGCCGGACGCGCGCGGCCUACACGGAGAAGCUGCGGCGGCUGGGCUUCCCGCCCGCCGAGCCGCGCCACGUCUUCGGCUCGGCCUACUGCGCCGCCCGCUACCUGCGCCAGGCCCUGCCGCUCGGCGCCGCCGCCUACGUGCUGGGCAGCCCCGCGCUGGCCGCCGAGCUGGAGGCCGUCGGCGUCCCGCACCUGGGGCCCGGCCCCGCCGCCCUGCCCGGCCCCGCGCCCGCCGACUGGGCCCAGGCGCCCCUGGACCCUGCCGUGCGUGCCGUCCUCGUUGGGUUCGACGAGCAUUUCAGCUACGCCAAGCUGUGCCAGGCCCUGCGCUACCUCCUGCGCGGCGGCCCCGACUGCCUGCUCGUCGGUACCAACCGCGACCACCGCCUCCCGCUCGAGGGCGGCACUGCCAUCCCCGGGACUGGGUGCCUGGUAAAAGCAGUGGAGACUGCAGCCCAGCGCGAGGCAUUCAUCGUGGGAAAGCCCAACCGGUACAUGUUUGAUUGCGUGGCAAGCGAGUUUGACAUCGAUCCCACUCGUACCAUCAUGGUGGGAGAUCGGCUGGACACAGACAUCCUGAUGGGCAAUAGCUGUGGGCUCACCACCCUGCUGACGCUAACCGGGGUCACCACGCUGGAUGAAGUGAAGGGUCACCAGGAGAGCGACUGUCCUGCCCGGCAGAGCCUGGUUCCCGAUUACUAUGUCGAUAGCAUAGCUGACCUUCUCCCAGCGCUGGGGGAUUAGUAUAGCAAAAUGCUUGCAGCCUCUGCAGCGGUACCGCGAUUAGGGCCCCUGUUAAUCACCUUGUGACAGUAACGUACUCACUAGAAUACCACCCAGCAUUAGCAACCCUUAGCUUUUUAACCUUUCUGUCCUCUGGAUAUGAUUUUGUUUACAUCUCGGUCUUUAAAUGCACUUUGAAACAAGGAGGGCAUUAUAGCGUCACCCAAGUCUUGGGGGCUUGGGGCUUUAUUUUAAAUUCCAAGCAACACAUCUAUCCAAAUGUCUGUGAUACUUGAUGUCACAUUGUCCUCUAGACUGAGUUGAAGAAACUAGAGCUGGUGGAUCUGAGGAAAAAAACCUAACAUCUUGCGGUGUGUCCUCACCUGGACUCAGGCUGUGGCUCAGUCUGGUUUAUUCAGGGAAAUGACUCUUGGAGUGUGUAGUACCUUAGCAGCUGUGUUUGUAAACGCUUGCGGUGGCUGGCAGAACUAGUGUUUGGCCUUAGGUUGAUCUGUUUUUUUGUUUCUUCCUGGAUGGGGUCCUAUUUUAGCAGUACAGCCCGCUGCAAGCAUCAGGUCACAGAAACUGAAAUCUGUCUCCUUUGUUUGACCAUUGCAAAUUGCACUUGUGAUGCAGAUUAGGAGGAUUCCACUCACAAAAUACAAACGGUGUCUUCUGUAUUUGUCCAGGUGUUGGAUGUAUGUAUAAAGUACAUGUACAUACAGGAACUACCCUGAAUUCUAAAUAUAUAUUGAGAAUAUAUUUAAAUUAUAAAUUUAAGUAUAGUAUAUGAUAAUAUAUCUUGUUUUCCAGAAGGGAGGAUAAGAGGAAUGUAUUUCACUGAUCACAGUAGAUUUAAUUCUCCUAAGCUUUUGCAUUUGGUAAAGCAGAAAGUCUUAACCAUAUAGGACUGUCCUUCACUACUGCCGCUUCCCAGAAAUAACGGGACUGAUUAGUACCAAACCAGUUCUUGUACUUCCCUCAGCCUCAAAACAGCCGCUUGCCCUGGCUUUAGCUGCAGAAUCUGAAUUCAUGCUCAGUCCACAAGGGAUGGAUGCAAUACGCAAUACAGCUUUCCACCAAAACAAUCCUGUGAGAGUACUGGCUGUGUGUGACAGCGGCAUGUGCUUCCUUUAUCUGAGGUUAAUAUCUUCCGUGUGUGUCUGGCGUGGGGGCCUGGCACCAGCUGCUUGUCUGAAGAAGAGUGUUUGCUUGCUCAGGUGAUGAUUUUGUUCUGAACUUUAGGUGGGCUUGGGUGGUGCACAGCUCAGGCUGCGGGGUAUGUUUUUAUGCUGGCUGAAUUGAAGGCCACAGUUGAAAGCUUUUGCAUUACAGAAUUAAGGGAAAAAUUAUAUAUGCAAAUAACAUGCUUUUAUUCCAUAGAUUCCGCUAUCAGCAGUUCAACAUUGGCCUUCCCUCAUCUCCCACUGUUCAGCGGAACAGCUCUAGCAGUGCGUUGAUGCCAUUUCCUUCCACUCAGACACUCGAAACACCUUGUUUGUACAGCAAUAACCGCGCAUAUUGUCUUUCAGUGUUACCAGAAUGUUAGCUGACCUUGUAAAAGGGUGUUCACUUGUAACUCGGGAGUUGUGUAAGGAAGCACGGAUAAUCUCUUCCCUUUUCCUUUCUCCAGCUGGAAGGCUGUGACUGUGUGAACUUACGAGAGGUAGAACUUUCACAUUAUCUGGGUAACGUGGAAAUGGACAUUUAUGGAUUUACUGCAGGGAGGGUCUGACUUAACCAUGUUCUUUGAUUCAGUUCCUGUAUCUGGUGCUUAUAAUUUCAGAAUACGUCAAGUGAAGUAGUGAAUGCCAGGAGAGGCAUUGAGCCUCGUUCAGGCAGUGAGCUGUCCCUGCCGGGUACUGCUUGCUGUACGAGGGCACCAUUACCUCUGUUCACGUACGCUGAAAUGUACUGGUGAAGGUGUCAAUCAUGCUUCAAAACUCUGUAACAACUUCCAAGCGGUUUUUAAGCCUCUACUUGAAUUCACAUUAAACUUACAAACCUGC